GUGCUACUGUAGACUAGAGCGGCACACAAAUGGUGCCUAGAGUGCAAGUCAAGCAGACACGCCUCCUGACUAAUAAAAGCCUUGGUGGUGCCAAACCUAAACACACAAGAGCAUCCUCUUCUUGUCUGCAAUGAACAAGAGAAGGAUCUUUGACAAGUUCCUCAGAGGCCGCCUGCUGACGUCCGUCAUCCUGGUCCUCGCCAGUCUUCUCACACUCUUCACCCUGAGGAAGCCGGACUUUAAAACGCCACAGCAGUUCUCCGCCGACCACCCCGGAUGUUCUGCCAUCCUCACAGCAGACCUGCGGCACCGCGAGGAGCACCUGGAGCGUCUUCUGUCCUCCACCCAGAGACGCCACCUCCUCCAGGAGGACUUCUACGUCAACCUGACCCGGGACUGCCAGGUCUACGUCAGCCGCAGAGGUUUCUUCACGGUUCCUCUCAGCGAGGAGGAGAGGGAGUUCCCCAUCGCGUACUCCAUGGUGGUCCACGACCAGAUCGAGAUGUUCGAGCGCCUCCUGCGGGCCGUGUACGCGCCCCAGAACGUCUAUUGCGUGCACGUGGACCGGAAGUCCGCCGGGAAGUUCCGCGCCGCCGUGGAAGCCAUCGUUUCCUGCUUCCAGAACGUCUUCAUCGCCGACAAGUUGGAGAAGGUGACCUACGCAACAUGGUCCAGAGUGCAGGCGGACCUGAACUGCAUGGAGAGCCUGUCCAAGUCUCCGGUGCGGUGGCGGUACCUGCUGAACACCUGCGGCACAGACUUCCCCAUUAAAACCAACAAAGAGAUAGUGGAAGUCCUGAAGGUCCUGAACGGGAGGAACAGCAUGGAGACCGAAGCCACCAACGACUACAAGAAGCAACGCUGGUUGUAUCACUACAACGUUACCCGUGACGUCAUCAGAACUGACGUGAAGAAGAGCCCGCCGCCCAUUCGGACCCCGAUGUUCUCCGGUAACGCCUACUUUGUGGUCAGCAGGGCCUUUGUGGACCACGUGCUUCAUGACCGGGAGGUCCGGGCCCUGCUGCAGUGGGAGAAGGACACCUACAGUCCGGACGAGCACCUGUGGGCCACCUUGCAGAGGAUGCCCUCAGUCCCCGGGGCCGUGCCCGCCAACGCCAAGUACGACCUGUCCGACAUGCAGGCCUUGGCGCGGGUGGUCAAGUGGAGCUACCUGGCGGGGGACGUGAGGAAAGGGGCCCCCUAUGAUCCGUGCUCCGGGGUGAAUAGAAGGGCGGUUUGUGUCUAUGGGCUGGGGGACCUGCAGUGGCUCCUGGGACAACAUCACCUGCUGGCCAACAAGUUUGACCCCCUGGUGGAUGAUCUUGUCAUCAGGUGCUUGGAGGCCAUUCUGCACUUUAAAGCUUUAGAUGCCAGAUAAUUCACUCUGAUUCUACCAGACAUCCAUUUUCUACUGCUUGUCCCUUUUACAAUUCUAGACAAUAAUCAUGCAAUAUGGACUUUUAUACAAUCACCACACCAGGCUGGGGUUCUUGUCUCUGACCAUUCACUUUAAUGUCUUUAAUGUCUUUAGUCACACCUCUCACUCACAUUACUUUUUGGAAUGAUUGCCCCACUUUUGUCAGGGAAAAAUGACAUGAAAUUGACUUGAUAUAUUGUGGAUUUUGUAUAUUGGUUGGAAUGAAAACAAAACUUCUUGAACAAAUAUUUAACUCUUGAGACAAAAACACGUUAGGCACUUCAUGAGUGCAUCGAAUUUUAUGGCGCCAUCUUGUGGGCGAUGCGUGUAAAUACGCUCAUUUGGACUUCUAGUAAAAAAUAGUUUUGUGGAAAAACAAUACAAAUAUGCAAUGUACAGUACAGGCCAAAAGUUUGGACACACCUUCUCAUUCAAUCUUUAUUUUCAUGACUAUUUACAUUGUCAAAACUAUGAAUGAACACAUGUGGAGUUAUGUACUUAACAAAAACAAAAUUGAAAUAACUGAAAACAUGUUUUAUAUUCUAGU